AUGUCUAAUCUCGAUCUUCUUAACGCUGCACUAUCAGCUAUAAUGACGGGCCAAAAAUUUGUUUCGAAAAAAGAAUAUAGCGGAAUGUCUGACGGCACCGUUUAUCAAAAAGUUGACAUGAAUUCUUUUCAUCAAUUCAAUCUUGUUGGUGACGCUCUUUCUAUGUCCAAUGUUCCCGAUAGUACACAAGAAUCUAAUCUUUCUAGUAGUACUCCUAAAAUUUUGUAUGUACGUGCACUUAAUGGCGAGACCAUUACUAUAAAAACUGGUACAAAUUUUACCAUCGAUCAGGUAAAGCAGAAAAUUCGUGAUAAAGUAGGUAUUCUACCAGAUCAACAACGCUUAAUUUUCGCCGGCAAACAAUUGGAAGAUGGUAAAACCCUCUCGUAUUAUAAUAUUGAUAAUGGAUCUAAUCUACACCUUAUUAUGCGUCUUCCUGGUGGUGGAUGUGUAAUAAGUUGCUUGGACGUUGACACAUUGGAUCCAAUUUAUGAUUACGAUUUUACAAAUAUCAAUGAUAAUGAGAAACAACACUAUCGUGGAGGAGUUCAGUAUCGAAGACCAUGUGGAUGGAAACGCUUUGCCUUAAAGGUUGCCGGAAGGUAUGAUGAUGGGGAUGAUGAAUGGCUUGGAACCGACCAAAGUUCUUGGCCAGUAUCGUAUCAUGGUACUGCAAAGCAUAAUGUGAGAUCAAUUGCAGAAGAUGGCUAUUUGUUAAGUAAGGGAAAACGUUUUGCUUUUGGUCAUGGUAUUUAUUCAACACCUGAUGUGAACGUAGCCGAAAUGUACGCGCCAGAAUUUGAUUUUGAAGGGGAGAAAUAUGUCGCAGUAUUCCAGAAUCGAGUGAGCCCAUCGGAUUUAGUGAAAAUUGAGAGUCAAAAGACUGGUUAUGGCGAAUACUGGGUUUCUCCACGAGUCGAAGACGUUCGACCAUAUGGAAUUUGCAUAAAAAAGAUAGUAGCAUCACCUAAUAGUAGUAGUUCGAGUUUCCUUUUCUAUUUUUUGAAAUUCAUAUCGACACAGCUGGAUUUCAGUAUUCGCUAA